AUGCCCUCAAGCGGCACUGGGUGGAUUCCGACAGACACCACUAUUGCGAAGGAUGUGACAUACAUUUCGACGAUGGAAACCAGCUCCAAAACCACCUCCGUUCGCGAAUUCACCAAGUCCCAGAGUUCCGCUGCCGUCGGCCAUAUCGACUCUCAAGGAUGUCGGUUCAUCAACCGCCAAACAUUCAACGACAACAUGUGCCAAGCGGACUACUACAACUACAUUGUGAAGGAAGGCGUCGUGGCCGGCUCCCUCAGUGAUCAAGAUAUCGAGGACAUCACAUUGGGAUCAUAUGCGCGGAGGGAAGGCUCUAUGCUUGUCUGCAUUUGCGGGACACGGCACAGGAAUGCACAUGCACUGAGGCAGCAUCUUCGUUCACCAGCCCACGAACCUGCGCUCUAUGAGUGCCCAUGUUGUGGCUUCCACAGGCAGACGCUGAGCGCGAUUCUCUCACAUUUGGAGAGCGGGGCUUGUCCGGGAGAUAGGGGUCAACAGGAACUUGCUAUAGAAGACAUAUGGGAUAUGGCCGUGCGAGCUGCCAGUGGUACGUGGUAG